GUCAAUCAAAGCCCGGGGAUCCGGGACUGGCGGCGGCGGCCGGACUCAAGCUGCUGGCUGGCCGGACGGGCGACCGGCUCCACACCCGAGGCUUCGGGCCUAGCUGCACCCGGCGGAGGCCCGGCCUUCCUCCUAUCUUUGCACCCCCUUCCCCAUGCUGCAUUUGCAGGGAAUAAAACGUUGUAACAGUUGCCCCGGUUAAGGGGAAGCAAGGAGAGGGGACUUCUCCUCCAGCCCCAGCCCCAGCCUCUGCUCCCCCACCCUACCCUACACUUGCUUUGCAGUCCGGGCCCAGGUCGGAGGGUGUGGCCUGAGCCUGCGGGGUCGGGUUUAACGACUGCCGGCCGCAGCUGGGAGCAGGGCGACAACGGGAGGCUCCGUGUGACCGGGGCCCGGCGAGGGAUCCGGUUGCAAGAGAGAAUCAGAUAGUUGGAGGGUCACCAGGGGUGGGUGAGGAGGUGCUGACGCUCGCAGCAGUUUAGGGGCACUGCCAACCUGGAGCCAAAGUCUGGACCAAAAUACCAUGGAUCUUGUAUUUAUUAAGGAUGUGAGGAGAAGAGCACUACGGGGUACAUGUCCAGUCUGCCACUUUCCUGCUAUAAUGUUUUUAAUGAACCUGGCACCUGUCUCUGCGGUACAGACAGAUUGGCAGCCCUUUGGAGCAUCCCAGAGCUAUAGCCUCCCCGUGGUUUUCUCCCCGCCGGGGGAGAAGUUCUCGCCUGUUGGAAGUGCUAUCAACGUAAAUGUACAAAUGAUUGUGGAAAACCUGCAACCCCAUGACCCGUCUCGUGCCAGGAACAAUGACCCCAGCAGUAACGCUCAGACAAAUCUCGUCUCAAAAUGGCGGAGCGAGGGCGUGAUGGACGACGGCACCAUCAAUGUUUUAAAAGGGGCGGCCGUGGAGGAUCUGAAGACCGGGUAUCCAACCUUCACGCUUGGCACGGAGGAAUCCAACCUGAGCCACUGUGUCCUGGACACAGACAGCGAUGAGUCUGUAGACCGAGGUAUAGAAGAGGCCAUACAGGAGUACUUGAAGAAGAAGACAGAAGAGAGCUGCUCGAUAACCAACGCCGUACAUGACGUGCUAGUUCCCCCUGGGAUGCAUCCGGCUAUAGAACACUGUGCUCCAGAUGCCAGCGAUGGUACCUCACUCGGAGGGGAGGUGGUCCCCACCGACCUUGUCAGCGUUGUCCCGCUGUCUGCCCACCUAACGGAUGCUGCAAACUCCAGGUGCACCUCUCCCUCCAGCAUCAGCAGCAACGACUCGUUUGAACUGAGCAUUCAGGCGGAGAUUGAAAAGUUCUUGCAGGACAAGCGGGAUAAAGAAUCCAGCCAUCCCGUCAGCAAGGUGGCAUCAGAGGGAGUGCCAGCACUGAAGAGCAAGAAGGGGUGCGUUAAGCCCGGGACUGGGAGCCAAACACGUGUCGUCAAAGCCUUGGUAACAAAUGCCAGCCCUCACGUUACUGCCAUCAAAUCCACCCACCUGGGUGAAGCUGGCAGCAUCUGCAAAACAGGGAAAAACAAUGAAAGGAAUCUCAAGGGCCUUAAAAAGCUGGCCCAAGAGAAGAAACCAACAGCAUCGCCUAGCUUUAAGGAUCUCUCCAAAAGUAGUAACAUCCAGAGGAAGGUGCAGACUGAGCUCCCUGUCGCAAAGCCUAUCUCCAUCACCACAGGGGCUGAGCUAUCUGAUUCCAGUAGUGAUGACGGCAUCGAAGAAGCCAUCCAACUUUAUCAGUUGGAACAGAAGAAAUCCCGGGAUAUGUCCCCUGCCCUCGGAGUAUUGCCUCGUAACUCCCCUUGCUCCAAGGGUUCCGAUCUUUCGUUGGAUGCCUGCGAGGGGAGGGAAUCAGCACGGGCAACACCACCGAGCAAGAGGCGGAAGCAGUGUGCGCCCAAGUCUCAGGAGUCAAAGACGCCUCAUUCCCUCAACUUUUCGCAGACUGUCCCCAACGACCAGUUGAGCGAUGACUUUGUAAAGCAAAGCGAAAGAAAACUCGCCGAUUCCGGGAUAAGUUUAAAUCGGACGGAGACCCCGUCGGAAUUGUCCCGACAGCAGGGUGGGGUCAACGCUCGGACAGGUGCGGAUGGCUCCACGGGUCGGAUACCACUGGGAGGGGAAGAGCGUGCGGACUCCUGGACGACACCCAGUGAACGCACCACCGCAGGCUCUCACCAAAUCAUCUUUUCCGACAGUGAAGACAGUUCUGUGGAUAGCAGUGACAGCAUUGAAAAAGAAAUUCAAAGUUACUUGGCUCUGAAAGUGAGCAUCAGCAGCCAGAAAUCAAAUGGAGUGGGAACGUUGAACGAACCAGGCAGAGACUUGCCCUCAGAACUGAUGCAGGAAAAUAGUCUCAGCAACCCUCCGUCUUUGCCCUCUCCUUCGUCUUCAUCUCGUGUGCAGUUAUUGCCGAAAGAAAGCUUGGGGAAUGACGUCAGCAUUGAUCACAAACUGGAAACGGAAGAGCUGAGAGGAAGCCAGCAAAAGAUCACUGAGGCACCUGUUUGCAAGACUAACUCUGGCAUUGUCAUCUUCAAGGAUAAACCUGAAGGUGAUUUGCUGGAACGAGAUGCUUUUGAUGGAUAUAACACCCAGGACGGCGGCAAGGCAGUCACCAGUAAUCCAGGCAAGUUAUCGCCCAUCACCUGGGCUGCCAGUGAACAGUCCUGUCACAACAAGCCCCUUCAUGACGCUUGGCAGACAGAUGAUAAAAGUAGCUCGUUGGACAGCGAUGAGGAUCUGGAUACUGCAACCAAGGAUCUGUUGAAAACCAGGAAAAGACUGGGCAAGAGAUUAAGGGACUCCAAGAGCCAGAGCAGGAAGCGAGUCCGGUUUACGGGAGCAGAGGUGCUUACGUUCUCCGAGCAAAGCAGUGGUCUCGGUGAUCAAACUCCCAAGGCCGCUGGUGAAGGCUUUGCAUUGAGCCAUGCUCCCCUGAAGAGCUGCCUGUCAAAAACUAGCCGAGCAGUUUGUAGAAGCUACUUGGAUGUUAAAAGUAAGAAUAACAAAAGAAGAGUGGAGACGUCGGAAGGUGACGGACACGGCAAGGUGGCAGGAAUGGGAAAGUCCACAGGGGGCUCGCUAUCUGCUGCUCCAUCUACCCUGGCUGUAGGGCAGAAUCCGAAAAACAUGGCAUCAAGCGAAAGCAGUUCCGGGGACAGCGAUGAUGGGAUCGAGCAAGAGAUUCUGAGAUUCCUGGCGGAAAAGGCCCGAGCAGCGGAAGAGAGCUUGAAAGCCAAGGAAGGAGUGCAGGGUUUUACAGGGCAAGGUGAAGAAAGCAGGUCGUCAGAAGUGCCAGGCCUUGGUGGCAAAAUGCUUUCGGUCCCUCAACAAACUGAGGGGGCUUGUGUGAAGGGACCACGUCUUGAGGAAGCGGAGGUGGCAGCAGACCAUGCGUGUGGAGGGACAGGGAGUGGUGCUGCUGAAGACAAGUGCAGCAUUGACGGGCGGGAUUUGGUUCAGGACCUUCAUGCCGUUCGCAGUGCGGAGCACCAGACUGAACACGGACAGGUUGUAGGAGGAACAUCAACUGCGAUCCAAACUGAAACCACAACCGGGGUCGAUCAGGGGAGUUUGCUAGUUGACGGCCCGGGUUGUCAAAGGGAAGAGAGGUGUAGCAGCCGGUUUGACUUGCACGGUGAAAUCCUGCUGGACAGAGAGAUUAAUGAGCCCUUGGGAAGUGGCAUCACCCAGAACUUGCAGGAGAAACGGACAACUCCUGAUUCGAAAACAAUUCAACUGUUGGUCCAGGGACAGUGUGUGCAAUAUAUUGAUUCAAGAGAGCCGGGCGUGGGGCAGCUUCAAGCAAAAGCUGUUCAAGUGAGGCCUUCGGAGAAAACGAAGAACAAAUUAAAAUCAUGGAGUGUCUUCUUGACCGACCUCCUCAGUGACACAGUGCCAAAAGACAAGAUUAAUGUUACAAGCAGUGAGGAUAGAUAUUCCACAGAAAGCCAGUCACAUGCAGGCUGUAGUACAGAGCAGAGGCCACAUGCGACACAUUCGCACCUAGGUUGGACAAGCGGUAGUAAAACUAAACCUGACCAGGGUGCAUAUCUAGGCAGACCCUCCCCAACUCCGAUGCCAUCGGUCAGUGCAAUCGCCCAUUCCAGCGAGUCGAGAGGCCUGCCCUGCGUUACCUGGCAGGAGCAGAAUGACCAUAACUAUCAGAGUGGAACGAGGAAGGAGCUGAGGGCGAAGCAAGACGUGAGGUUUGAACGUUCCGCCUUUGUGACGCCACGUUCAGGACCAAACGCCCGUGUCCCAAUCGCUGUACAUUCCACGCCCUCAACCCGCCAGGAAACCGGCAGUGUAGACCAGGGCAUACGUAGCACCGAGUCAGGGAAACCAUUAGUGAGGGCAGAGGGCAGUUCUAAAGCAAAGGCCAGCAGUCAACCCACAGGUAAAGAAGGUGAUGAGACGUCCCAAGCCUGCCAGUGGCGGCCGCUGAGACAGGUCUCGUUGGAAAGUCAGAAUGAAGAGGAAAAUGACAGGGAGAGAAGAACAGGAGAGGCAGCUGAGGGGAAAAGACCCUAACCCUUUCACAACAAAGCUAAUGAUCAAUCAGAUGAUGAGGAUAGAGUGGAGACUAGCAGUUCAGGACAGUAUGGUCAGGAUGAUGAGGUGUAAGUAUAACACUAUACAGUGGCUCUUCUCUUCAUUAUUUAAGAUGUAGUCAUAAAAUUCCUUUGCAGACAGUGGGCUGUGGGCAGGUGAUUUCAGACAAUUUUUGGCUGGUUUGGUGAAAGAUUUCCCAGAUAAACUUCAGGAUUUGACUAAAUGGCAAAGAGAAGAUUUUUUUUGUUUAAAAAAUACCUAUUAUUAUCUUUUCAAAGCAAAGGUUGAUUAAACUAUGGUUGCCUCAUUUAAAA